AUUACCAAAAAGAAAAAGAAACGAAAAGGUUACGAAGAAAAAAAUGGAAGAGAGAAGAGGUAGGAAAAUAAUAAUGUUCCCUUUACCGUUUGUAGGACACUUGAACCCAAUGAUCCAACUCGCCAGGAUAUUUCACCAUCGUGGCUUCUCCGUCACGAUCCUCCACACUUCCUUCAACUUUCCCGAUCCUUGUCACUACCCACUCUUUACUUUUCGAACCAUCCCUCACAGCAACGCAGGAGGAGAGGACCCUCUGACUCAACCAGAUGCUUCCAGUAUGGACCUCGUCGCCUUCAUUCGUCUGCUAAGACAAACUUACGCGGAGCCGUUUCGCCAGUCUCUGGCGGCCGAAGUAGGCAGAGGAGAGACAGUGUGUUGUUUGGUCUCCGACGCUGUUUGGAUGAGGAACACGGAGGUUGCAGCGGAAGAGGUAGGUGUUCGUAGGAUGGUGUUGAUCACACAAGGUUUGGCGUCGUUUUGUGCCUUUGCUGCUCUACCUCUUCUCAGAGAUAAGAAUUAUCUUCCUAUUCAAGUUUCUAGAUUAGAUGAGCUAGUGACAGAGGUUCCACCUUUGAAAGUGAAGGAUCUUCCGGUAAUGGAAACGAAUGAGCCGGAGGAACUCUAUCUGGUAGCUAUCGACAUGAUUGAAGGAGCCAAUUCUUCUUCAGGAGUCAUAUGGAACACAUUCGAAGAUCUUGAAAGACUCUCACUCACGGAUAUUAGCAGCAAGUCUCAAGUUCCCAUAUUCCCGAUUGGACCGUUUCACAAGCAUAGCGACAAUGUUCUACCGACGACAAAGAACAUAGAAGAACAUGUAACAACCAAUUGGCUCAAUAAGCAAGAGCCACAGUCUGUGAUCUAUGUGAGUUUUGGAAGCCUUGCAGAUAUAGAGGAGAAGGAGUUUCUCGAAAUUGCAUGGGGCCUAAGAAACAGCGAACAGCCAUUCUUGUGGGUAGUUAGACCUGGAUUUAUCCGAGGGACCGAGUGGCUGAAGGCAUUACCGAGUGGGUUUGUGGAGAACAUUGGCCAGAAGGGAAAAAUUGUGAAAUGGGUGAAUCAACUAGAGGUAUUGGCGCAUUCUGCAGUUGGAGCGUUUUGGACGCAUUGUGGAUGGAACUCGACACUAGAGAGCAUAUGUGAAGGUGUUCCAAUGAUAUGUACACCGUGUUUCACGGACCAGUUUGUGAACGCGAGGUACAUCGUCGAUGUAUGGCGUAUCGGAAUUGAGUUAGAGAGAACUAAGAUGGAUAGGAAGGAGAUUGAGAAGGUUUUACGAAGUGUAAUGACAAAGGAAGGAGAUGGAAUUAGAGAGAUGUGUUUGAAAUGGAAAGAAAUAGCUAAUGUUUGCUUAGGUAAAGGUGGGUCUUCUUCCAAGCAUUUAGAAAAACUUGUGGAUCAUGUCCUGUCUUUUGAUUCUUAAUUAUGCUUUUGUAAGUUAGAAAAGCUACGUGUGAGCAUUGUCUCUAAAACACUCUUCACACCUAUGAAAUAAAAUAUGGAUAAUGGA